UAUUUCCAUAUGACUUUACAUCUCUCAAAGUUUACUUAUUAAGAACUCUUCUUUAUGAGACUAUGAUGUGUGUUAGCCAUAAUCCCAGAAUUGUUUACGUUAGAGGUGCCUUGUUCGAGGGAUGGCAAAAAGUGAUCUUGGCUUUCAUGAGUCAUUUUUAGGUGAAUGGGAUAUUUCACACUAGUUAGCAUAGCUUCCUGGAGAGAACUUCACAGCGAGCCUUGAAUCUUUGCUGUUUUUAACAGUUUAACGUUGCGUACAAACGAUUGUCAACCAUGGAGAAGGUCCGAAAAAUCUUAGUACACUUGUCCAAAGACAAUUCUGCGCCUCGCUGUGCACGAUUUGUACAGAGCAUAACUGGACACUUUACAGAGAACCUUGAUGAAGUGAAGGUGAACUGUUCUCUGGAAAACAACCGCUUCGUUUUGUGUCCCCAAGAUCGUGGAGGAGGUGUACCACUCAAGAGGGCGUCAUUUUGUCCCUUCAAGUACCUGUCAGCCUCAGAUGCAGCAACACUACCUCAAGACGUCCUGAGCCGCGGGGUGGAUGUGGGUGUGGCUGUACUAUUACAGUCGGUAAAUCAGAGGUUACUGUUGACACGACGAGCAUCCAGUCUCAGGAUCUUCCCAAAUGUCUGGGUCCCUCCUGGUGGCCAUGUGGAACUGGAUGAAAGGCUGCUGGAUGCUGGUUUGAGGGAGCUGAGAGAGGAGACUGGCCUGAAACUUGACCCAGCGGAAAUCUCCUCUCAGUUGCUUGGUCUUUGGGAGUCAGUCUUUCCACCCAUGUUGUCUAGAGGCCUUCCUCGGAGACAUCACAUUGUGGUCUACAUGCUGUUGCAAAGUCAACUCACUCACAUGCAGCUUCAGGCCUGUUUGAGACCUGAGCCAGCAGAAGUAAGUGGCUGUGUGUGGUUGGAUGCAGAGGUAGUGAAAGCCAUCGUGAGGGCAGUGGAUGGAGAGGAAGGAACCGUUAAUGUGCCUGCAGACAUACCUCAGAACAUCAGUGUGUCCGAGGUCUCCCCUGAAGGUGAGAUCAGCGAGUCGUCAUUGCCAGUGACUGUCUUCUGUAACCGGGCUCCCGCUCAAGGAGAAGACGUGGAACGUGUCAGCACUGGCACUAAGUACGCCUUGGAGCUUUGGCUGAAAACACUGGAGUCCCGCAGUGAGAGCGGUUGAAACCAUCGUUGAAAUUUAUUUUAGUUAUACCCAAAUAAACAGUUGACUAUGAAAAUCAAUAAGCUGA